UUGAGUGAACUCCUUCGUCUCGCAGUGGCCAUAGAAACCAGGAACAGCGGAAGUCGCGCGUCUCUGACGUCAUCGGCACGCGUAGUAAACAAAAGUCGAGAUAUCGGCAGGUUCUCCGUUCCAUGGAAGAAUGAUGAAAGGGUCAGUUGUCUCAUCAAAAUGCACCGUUGACGUUGUAAUUCGCCAGAGACACUGACUUCAGAAACAGACGGUAAUGGCGACGGGUGGAGGCGCCGCGUACAACGUGGAGAGGGAAGCGUCUAACCUCGCGCGCGCCGCGGCCGGCAGGAACGCGGCAGCAGCUCCCAAUGCGGCCGCUGCGGUGCUGACUGCUCACGGCGUUGCCCCGGCAGCUAUGGGCCUCCAUCGGGAGCCCAUGUAUAACUGGCAAGCCACGAAGAGCUCGGUGAAGGAGCGUUUUGCCUUCCUCUUUAACAACGACCUCCUGAGCGACGUGAAGUUCGUGGUGGGCAAGGGCCGCCUGGCGCAGAGGAUUCCGGCGCAUAAGUUUGUGCUGGCGGCUGGAAGCGCGGUUUUUGACGCCAUGUUCAAUGGGGGCAUGGCCACCACGUCGGCCGAGAUCGAGCUUCCAGACGUGGAGCCGGCCGCUUUCCUUGCUCUGCUCAGGUUUCUGUACUCGGACGAGGUCCACAUCGGUCCCGAGACAGUGAUGACGACACUCUACACCGCCAAGAAGUACGCGGUGCCGGCGCUCGAGACGCACUGCGUGGAGUUCCUCACGAAGCACCUGCGCGCGGACAACGCUUUCCUGCUGCUCACACAGGCCAGAUUGUUUGAUGAGCCUCAGCUGGCCAGUCUGUGCUUAGACACUAUAGAUAAAAGUACAGCAGAUGCUGUCAAUGCCGAGUGCUUCACUGAUAUUGACUUAGACACCCUCUGUGCUGUGCUGGAGAGGGAUACUCUGAGCAUCCGAGAAAGCCGCCUCUUCAGCGCAGUCGUGCGCUGGGCUGACGCUGAGUGUUACAGGCAGCAGCUUCCUCUCACUUCGGAAAACAAACAGAAAGUUUUAGGGAAAGCGCUAUCACUUAUUCGCUUCCCCUUGAUGACUGUAGAGGAAUUUGCAGCAGGGCCUGCCCAGUCUGGAAUAUUGUUCGAUCGGGAGGUGGUAAAUCUGUUUUUACACUUUACAGUAAACCCCAAACCCCGGGUUGACUACAUUGACAGGCCCAGGUGUUGUCUCAGGGGACAGGAACGCAGCAUUAGUAGAUUUCAGCAGGUAGAGAGUCGCUGGGGAUACAGUGGAACCAGUGACAGAAUUAGGUUCAAUGUAAGUAGACGAAUAUCUGUAGUGGGGUUUGGACUUUAUGGUUCUAUUCAUGGACCAACAGAUUAUCAGGUCAAUAUACAGAUCUUUGAGACUGACAAAAGCCAGAUGCUUGGACAGAAUGAUACAGGAUUCAGUUGUGAUGGGACUGCAAACACAUUCAGGGUGAUGUUCAAAGAGCCAAUAGAAAUUAUGCCUAACGUGAACUACACUGCAUGCGCUACUCUUAAGGGUCCAGAUUCCCACUAUGGAACGAGAGGAUUAAAAAAAGUGAUUCAUGAAACAUCACCUGGGGCCAGGACAACAUUUAUUUUCUUCAGCUCACCUGGGAAUAACAAUGGAACAUCAGUGGAAGAUGGUCAAAUACCUGAAAUUAUCUUCUAUACCUGAAAAUGCAGGAAUGGCAUGUUACCAGUAAAUGUUAAAUAUUUUUUAAACUGUACCAUAUACAGAAUGCCAAAUUCUAGUUGGACAUUGUUCAUAAAAUUCACAUGAGUUUGGAUUUCAUACUAAACUGGCUUUUUUUUUUUUUUUUGCCUUGGCGUGAUGUCUGCUUGAACGUAGGAAAAGAAGAUAAUUCCAUGAGAGACUUCUACGUACAAAGCUACAUUAUAUUUACCAUAUGUCCACAAUGGACAAGCUGUUGAAAACUGUUCAGGAAUUGCUCAAGAAGCUUUACUUUUUUGGAAAUAGCAUACCUUGUUUAGCGACUGUUGUUGUUUGGUAAUUAUCGUUACAAUGACUGUGCUCCUGUAAUAUUUUGUGCUUGUUUAUCAGUGUUGGUUGUGCAACGUGCAGGAAAUACAUCAUAUUUUC